ACCGCCACAGCCUCUCUAUUUUUAACACCCUUCUCUAUCCUCAUAACUCAUAAACACCAGAAUCAUAGCACAAAAAACAACACAAAGCAUACAUAUGGCUUCCACUCAAACGCUCAGAGAGAACUCCACCGGCGAGAAAGACAGGGUCCCAACAAUGACCAGGCACUUCGAGUCUUUGGCUGAUAAAGUGAAAGAUAAGGAGAGAGAGGAGAAUGAGAAUCAGAGAGAGAAGCAUACUGAUCAAGCAAGGGGAAAGGGAUCCUAUGUUGUGGGGAAGUUUGAAAAUGUUGAGGAAGAUCAGAAUGAUACGGGUAAGGCUAAAGGUGGGGAAGGUGAAGGUACUGAUAUAGGUGAGGGACGAGGAGAAUGCAAAGAGGUGAGCAAGGGUCAAGAGAGAAAAGAACAACCUUCUCUAGAAGAGAUUUCCAAGCUCAGAGCAAAAGCGCAGCAAAACUCAUUAGAGACACUACGGGCGGCAGAGGAGAGGUAUGAGAAGGCAAAAGAAUCCGUAAGCCAGGGACUCGGUGCUGCAACCGAGUAUACCAAAGAGAAGGCUGCACAAACAAAGGAUACUGCCCUAGAUAAAGGUCGGGCAGUGAAAGAUAGUGCAGCAGAGAAGGGUGCACAAGCAAAGGAGACCGUUACCAGCACAGCUAAGACAGCUGAGGAUUACACAGCAUCAACGGCAGAGAAAGCUAAGGACUAUGCGCUACAAAAGGCAGUGGAAGCGAAAGAAGCGGCUGUGCGUGCAGGGGAGGAAAAGGCUGAGGAUUUGAAGGACGGGACUGCCGUGGCGGGGUGGACUGCAGCACAUUACUCGUGCGAGAAAGCCCUGGAGGGAACUAAAGCAGCAGCAAGGGCUGUUAAAGAAACAGCAGAGUAUGCAGGACAUAAGGCUGCCGAGAUUGCAUCCAAGCCAUUGUCUGCUGCCAAGGAUGUUGUUGUAGGCACAGGAGAGAGUGCAAAGGAGUACACAGCUAGGAAGAAAGAAGAAGCAGGGAGAGAAUUGAAGGCUAAGAGAUCAGAGGAAAAUCAGCUCCACACUGACGGAGCUUGUUGUUCACCAGGGAGACAACAUGGAAGAGGAAUCGAAGGUUCAAGAAACAAAAACAGAAGAGGUGGAAGAAGAGGCCAAACCGUCCGAGUGUGUCACGCAAGAAAGCUUUCAGCUAACGCAAGAAAAUGGCGGAGGAGGUAACAAGGGUGGGAUUCUUGGAGCCAUUGCAGAAACUAUAACAGAGAUUGCUCAGCAGACGAAAGAGCUGAUUAUUGGGCAGCACAAGACUUAAAAAGAAGGGGGGGCAUGAGUCUGGACACAAAUGCGACGUAAGCAAGAACAACACGAAAACAACGAGGGUACGUAGUGAAAGCCCAAAUAAUUAAAUGAUUCAUGGUUUCGGUGGUCGCAUUUUGUCUUAUAUUUGAAAGUCUAAUGUGUAUUAUUGACUGGGUGAAUAAAGUUAGUACCAACUAUGAUUCAGAACGCUGUUUUUGUUUUA